CAGGAAUUUACUGUACAAUAAACCCAAGAGUAUGAAGUUGAAAGAGCCCUCUCUCCCCCAAGACUGCUAUGUCUUCAAACAAGAAACCCACCUCACUGUCCUCAAGACCUCCCUCUUCUUCGCCGGCGACGGCUUCACCGUCUACAACUCCCACGGCCAACUCGUCUUCCGUGUCGACUCCUACGGCCCCCAACCCCGCCUCCAAGAUGAAGUCGUCCUCAUGGAUCCCCGCGGCGGCUGCCUCCUCACCGUCCGCCGCAAGAGGCCGAGUUUACAUCAACGGUGGGAGGGUUUUAGAGGGGAGAGGAUGGACGGGGACAAGCCGAUCUUCAGCGCGAGAAGAUCGUCGAUGAUCGGACGGUCGAAGACGACGGUGACGGUGGAGGUGUACGACGGCUCCGGGGAAGAGUACCAGAUCGAAGGGUGCUUCUCGCAGCGGAGCUGCAAGAUCUACAACGCCAAGAGGAAACUGGUGGCGGAAGUUCGACGGAAGGUGGACCCCACCACAAGGGUGAUGCUGGGCAAAGAAGUGUUCUCGCUCUGCGUCAAGCCUGGCUUCGACGGGGCAUUCGCCAUGGGAUUGAUCCUGGUUCUUGAUCAGAUGAGCGGUGACAGCUACAUUGAUAACGGAGCACCAGAGCGUGUGGUGCACCCUUCCGCAGAAGAUUAAGCACCCGGUCGCGCCUCUUACUCGGUUAAUUUGACGCCCUAAUCUCUGGAUGUUGAGGAGUCCCUCUAGUUUUGACAUGGAAGUUCUUCAUGGUCACACCAUACCUUGCUUUUGUAAUAAACACAUCAAAGCCAUCUUGCAUAUUUUAUAUAUAUAUAUAUAUAUAUAUAUAUAACUAUAUUUUUAUUGGCUUUAUUAAUGUCUUCUUAAGCCGUUGGCUAAAAAGGAAAAAAGUCUUCUUAAGCCUAAGCAUGCUUUUAGAUAGAUAGCUCUACGGUACAUGUGGAAUAUUCUUAUUUAGGAAAGCUUUGGUGUUCAUUGCAAGAGAGGUAAUUAUUUAUUCUCAUUAAUCCUAGC